GAGACGUGGCUCAGCUAGUGUUGAGCAGUUCUGAGGGGGUGCGCCGGGUCAACCCUGCCGGUAUGGAGUACAGGGAGAUGGCUGCUCACUUACUGGGACCAGGGCCUAUGGCUGCCCUGACUGCAAACCGCACUGUCUACUGGGCAAGGCCAGGACAAGGCUCCAUCUACAGGUACACCUCAGAGAGUUAAACACUUUCUGAAUCUGGCCCUUAGUAUCACUAUGAAUGUUGACCACAGUUAUUUUUUUGCUCUGUGAAAUACUACUAGAUGUUAGUUCCCAUACAUUUGAUCUAUCCUGCGUGCCCUUUAGGAUCUCCAUGGAUGGGAAGCCCCUGGAGCCUGUCCUGCUGUUGAAAGGCCAUGGUGCUGUCCUGGGUCUGGCUGUGGACUGGAUCCAUGAGCUUCUCUACUGGACCAACGCUGAUACUCACUCCAUCGAUGUGGCCCGUCUGGACGUCUCUGCACAACGCCUCCUGAUAGGAGGGCUGGCCAUGCCCACUGGAGUGGCUGUGGAACCCUUGUUGGGGUAGGCUGGAUUGGAAGUUCUCAAUAUUGGUCGUGGAGACCUAUUGUAUGCACCCAGGUUUUUGUUUCAACUCAUUGAGCUUUAAAAAAAACUCAACUACAUAAUCAUAUUCUAAAUAUUGGAUUUAUAUUCAUUUUUACGAUGAAGAUAUAUAUAUAUAUAUAUAUAUAUAUAUAUAUAUAUUUUUUUUUUAAAGGAUUUUAAGGAUUUUCUAUCUCAAACUUGGCCUCUUAUAAACAAAUCUAUCAGUUAAUUGUACCCAAAAUGUAAAUUAGUAGGCCUUUCUAAUUUGUGCUCAGUCUCCAGCUUGCACAGGGUUUCACAGGGUUUAGAUAGAUACUCAGUUAGAUUGUUCAAAGUCUGUCUUGAAUGCCCCCAGGAGAGAUUUGGAUGUCAAAGCCAGAUCGACUGUAGUCAUUGAGAGCUCCUGUUUCCCCAGGCUCUUGUUCUGGGCAGAAGGUGGCAGCUCCCCCAGGAUCGAGCGUGCUGGCCUGGAUGGAGAAGGCAGGCUGCCACUAAUCACCUCAGCCAUAUGGAAUCCAGUCGCCAUCUCUCUGGGUAUGUUUGGGUGUUCUUUUAUACAUGUGUAUUACACAGAUAAGCACCAAACUGGUUUUAUAUUUCUUGAAGUGUACGUGUUUGGCUUAAUAGUUGGCCAAAUGUAGUUUAAUUUGGGAUUAACAAAGAUUCAAGGUUAUUUUCGUAACCCAGGUUAUCUGUAAUUAUGAGUGAGAUAUCUCACAGUGGGAUUCACCAGAAGCUCAAUGAGUAAUAUCUUAUGUUUCACCGAGUCGUGGCUGAACGACGACAUGGAUAACAUACAGCUGGCAGGAUAUACGCAAGAUAGAACGGCUGACUCCGGUAAGACAAGGGGUGGCGGUCUGUGUAUAUUUGUAAACAACAGCUGGUGCAUAAUCUCUAAUACUAAGGAAGUGUUGAGGUUUUGCUCGCCGGAGAUGGAGUAUCUCAUGAUAAGCUGUAGACCACACUAUUUACCAAGAGAGUUUUCAUCUAUAUUUUUCAUAGCUAUCUACCUACCACCACAAACCGAUGCUGGCACUAAGAUUGCACUCAAUGAGCUGUAUAAGGCCAUAAGUAAACAGGAAACGCUCAUCCAGAGGCAGCUCUCCUAGCGGCCGGGGACUUUAAUGCAGGGAAAUGUAAAUCUGUUCUACCUAAUUUCUACCAGCAUGUUAAAUGUGCAACCAGAGGUAAAAAAAACUCUAGACCACCUUUACUCCACACACAGAGACGCAUACAAAGCUCUCCCUCGCCCUCCAUUUGGCAAAUCUGACCAUAACUCUAUCCUCCUGAUUCCUGCUAAUAAGCAAAAACUAAAGCAAGAAGCACCAGUGACUCGGUUAAUAAAAAAGUUGUCAGAUGACGCAGAUGCUAAGCUACAGGACUGUUUUGCUAGCACAGACUGGAAUAUGUUCCGGGAAUCUUCCGAUAGCAUUGAGGAGUACACCACAUCAGUCACUGGUUUCAUCAAUAAGUGCAUCGAUGACGUCGUCCCCACAGUGACCGUACGUACAUACCCCAACCAUGGAUUACAGGUAACAUCCGCACUGAGCUAAAGGGUAGAGCUGCCACUUUCAAGGAGCGGGACUCUUAACCCGGACGCUUAUAAGAAAUCCCGCUAUGCCGUCCGACGAACCAUCAAACAGGCAACGCGUCAAUACAGGACUAAGAUUGAAUCGUACUACACCGGCUCUGAUGCUCGUCGGAUGUGGCAGGGCUUGAAAACUAUUACAAACUACAAAGGGAAGCACAGCCGCGAGCUGCCCAGUGACACAAGCCUACCAGACGAGCUAAAUCACUUCUAUGCUCGCUUCGAGGCAAGCAACACUGAAGCAUGCAUGAGAGCAUCAGCUGUUCCGGAUGACUGUAUGCAAAACGACGCCGGAUUUGUUAGGCUGCUGCGGUCAUUCUCAUUGGCAAUUGACUUUGUUGUUCAAAGUGGCUAGAGAGGAUGCAGUAAUGACAAAAAUCAUAUACUAGGCCUACUGGAAAAAUGAUAUGCCACUGAAAAUAUUAUGAUAAUCAUGAAAGGAGCUUGGCUCCAUUCUUUGAACGCCAUUUAAUAAGAGAGGAGAUGCAAAACUGGCACCUGUCAUCAGUCCUCAAUCACAUGCUGACCAUCAUGAUGCUUGCUGCUUACAGUUUUUUUUCUAUCUGAUUAAAGAGAUGAAGGCCAGACAGUCUAGGCCUAUUUUAGGAAACUUUCUGAAUGGCCAUAGAGAGAAUUAGUAAACUCAUACACUCACACCCACCCACCUAAAAGGACCCAUCAAUUAAAGCCGUCUGCAGCGCAUCUCACUGAUGCAUAAGAAAAUCACAUUUCUCCUUUCCUCAAAAACAUAUUAAAAACCUUGCCUUAGCUUCAAAUCCUUUCUGUAGGAUAUCAAAAACUAGACUACAUUAUAGGAUAAUGAUAAAUCAAUGUAGCCUAUCAUAUAAAUUGACAAGGAAAGUUUUAGGGGGAAGAUGGAGACAGCUGUGAUAUAGGCCUAGGCUAUUUGAAGAUUAAAUUGACAUGCACACAACCUGUCCAUAGCCUAUCAGCCGUUGAUCCAUUUUAGUGAUGUAAUGGGUGGUUAUGUUGACAUUAGGCCUACAUUUUCAUUUGAGUGCUUUAUCUAAAUAUCACAUUUAAACAAGUAUUCAGACCCUUUACUCAGCACUUUGUUGAAGAACCUUUGGCAGCGAUUACAGCCUCAAGUCUUCUUGGGUAUGACGCUACAAGCUUGGCACACCUGUAUUUGGGGAGUUUCUCCCAUUCUAUGUAGAUUCUCUCAAGCUCUGUCAGGUUGGAUGGGGAGCGUCGCUGCACAGCUAUUUUCAGGUCUCUCCAGAGAUGUUCGAUUGGGUUCAAGUCUGGGCUCUGGUGGGCCACUCAAGGACAUUCAGAGACUUGUCCCGAAGCCACUCCUACAUUGUCUUGGCUGUGUGCUUAGGGUCGUUGUCCUGUUUGAAGGUGAACCUUCACCCCAGUCUGAGGUCCUGAGCGCUCUGCAGCAAGUUGUCAUCAAGGAUCUCUCUGUACUUUGCUCCGUUCAUCUUUCCCUCAAUCCUGGCUAGUCUCCCAGUCCCUGCCGCUGAAAAACAUCCUCACAGCAUGAUGCUGCCACCACCAUGCUUCACAGUAGGGAUGGUGCCAGAUUUCCUCCAGACGUGACGCUUGGCAUUCAGGCCAAAGAGUUCAAUCUUGGUUUCAUCAGACCAGAGAACCUUUUUUCUCAUGGUCUGAGAGUCCUUUAGGUGCCUUUUAGCAAACUCCAAGUGGGCUGUCAUGUGCCUUUUACUGAGGAGUGGCUUCCGUCUGGCCACACAGUGCUGCAGAGAUGGGUGUCCUUCUGGAAGGUUCUCCCAUCUUCACAGAGGAACUCUGGAGCUCUGUCAGAGUGACCAUCUGGUUCUUGGUCACCUCCCUGACCAAGGUCCUUCUCCCCCGAUUGCUCAGUUUGGAUGGAUGACCAGCUCUAGGAAGAGUCUUGGUGGUUCCAAACUUCAUCCAUUUAAGAAUGAUGGAGGCCACUGUGUUCUUGAGGACCUUCAAUGCUGCAGACAUUUUUUGGUACCCUUCCCCAGAUCUGUGCCUCGACACAAUCCUGUCUUGGAGCUCUACGGACAAUUCCUUCCACCUCAUGACUUGGUUUUUGCACUGACAUGCAAUGUCAACAUGUCCAAUUAAUUGAAUUUACUACAGAUGGACUCCAAUCAAGUUGUAAAAACAUCUCAAGGAUGAUCAAUGGAAACAGGAUACACCUGAGCUCAAUUUCCAGUCUCAUAGCAAAGGGUCUGAAUACUUAUGUAAAUAAGGUACACUGCUCAAAAAAAUAAAGGGAUCAAUAAAAUAACACAUCCUAGAUCAGAAUGAAUGAAAUAAUCUCAUUAAAUACUUUACAUAGUUGAAUGUGCUGACAACAAAAUCACACAAAUUAUCAAUGGAAAUCAAAUGUAUCAACCCAUGGAGGUCUGGAUUUGGAGUCACCCUCAAAAUUAAAGUGGAAAACCACACUACAGGCUGAUCCAACUUUGAUGUAAUGUCCUUAAAACAAGUCAAGAUGAGGCUCAGUAGUGUGUGUGGCCUCCACGUGCCUGUAUGACCUCCCUACAACGCCUGGGCAUGCUCCUGAUGAGGUGGCGGAUGGUCUCCUGAGGGAUCUCCUCCCAGACCUGGACUAAAGCAUCCGCCAACUCCUGGACAGUCUGUGGUGCAACGUGGCGUUGGUGGAUGGAGCGAGACAUGAUGUCCCAGAUGUGCUCAAUUGGAUUCAGGUCUGGGGAACAGGCGGGCCAGUCCAUAGCAUCAAUGCCUUCCUCUUGCAGGAACUGCUGACACACUCCAGCCACAUGAGGUCUAGCAUUGUCUUGCAUUAGGAGGAACCCAGGGCCAACCGCACCAGCAUAUGGUCUCACGAGGGGUCUGAGGAUCUCAUCUCGGUACCUAAUGGCGGUCAGGCUACCUCUGGCGAGCACAUGGAGGGCUGUGCGGCCCCCCCAAAGAAAUGCCACCCCACACCAUGACUGACCCACUGCCAAACCGGUCAUGCUGGAGGAUGUUGCAGGCAGCAGAACGUUCUCCACGGCGUCUCCAGACUCUGUCACGUCUGUCACGUGCUCAGUGUGAACCAGCUUUCAUCUGUGAAGAGCACAGGGCGCCAGUGGCGAAUUUGCCAAUCUUGGUGUUCUCUGGCAAAUGCCAAACGUCCUGCACGGUGUUCGGCUGUAAGUACAAACCCCACCUGUGGACUUCGGGCCCUCAUACCACCCGCAUGGAGUCUGUUUCUGACCAUUUGAGCAGACACAUGCACAUGUGUGGCAUGCUGGAGGUCAUUUUGCAGGGCUCUGGCAGUGCUCCUCCUGCUCCUCCUUGCACAAAGGCAGAGGUAUCAGUCCUGCUGCUGGGUUGUUGCCCUCCUACGGCCUCCUCCACGUCUCCUGAUGUACUGGUCUGUCUCCUGGUAGCGCCUCCAUGCUCUGGACACUACGCUGACAGACACAGCAAACCUUCUUGCCACAGCUCGCAUUGAUGUGCCAUCCUGGAUGAGCUGCACUACCUGAGCCACUUGUGUGGGUUGUAGACUCAGUCUCAUGCUACCACUAGAGUGAAAGCACCGCCAGCAUUCAAAAGUGACCAAAACAUCAGCCAGGAAGCAUAGGAACUGAGAAGUGGUCUGUGGUCAACACCUGCAAAACCAGUCCUUUAUUGGGGGUGUCUUGCUAAUUGCCUAUAAUUUCCACCUGUUGUCUAUUCCAUUUGCACAACAGCAUGUGAAAUGUAUUGUCAAUCAGUGUUGCUUCCUAAGUGGACAGUUUGAUUUCACAGAAGUGUGAUUGACUUGGAGUUACAUUGUGUUGUUUAAGUGUUCCCUUUAUUUUUUUGAGCAGUGUAUUUCUUUAUUUUUUUAUUUUUUCAGAAAUUUCUAAAGACCUGUUUUUGCUUUGUCAUUAUGAGGUAUUGUGUGUAGAUUGAGAUUAUUAUUUUUUAAAUCUAUUUUAGAAUAAGGCUGUAACGUAACAAAAUGUGAAAAAAGUUGAGGGCUUUGAAUACUUUCCGAAUGCACUGUAUGCACACAGGAGGCCAGGUAUUCCUACUUCUGUCUCUCUCUCUAUAUGUAUAUACAGUACCAGUCAAAAGUUUGGACAUACAGUGGGGAGAACAAGUAUUUGAUACACUGCCGAUUUUGCAGGUUUUCCUACUUACAAAGCAUGUAGAGGUCUGUAAUUUUUAUCAUAGGUACACUUCAGCUGUAAGAAACGGAAUCUAAAACAAAAAUCCAGAAAAUCACAUUGUAUGAUUUUUAAGUAAUUAAUUUGCAUUUUAUUGCAUGACAUAAGUAUUUGAUCACCUACCAACCAGUAAGAAUUCCGGCUCUCACAGACCUGUUAGUUUGUCUUUAAGAAGCCCUCCUGUUCUCCACUCAUUACCUGUAUUAACUGCACCUGUUUGAACUCGUUACCUGUAUAAAAGACACCUGUCCACACACUCAAUCAAACAGACUCCAACCUCUCCACAAUGGCCAAGACCAGAGAGCUGUGUAAGGACAUCAGGGAUAAAAUUGUAGACCUGCACAAGGCUGGGAUGGGCUACAGGACAAUAGGCAAGCAGCUUGGUGAGAAGGCAACAACUGUUGGCGCAAUUAUUAGAAAAUUGAAGAAGUUCAAGAUGACAGUCAAUCAUCCUCGGUCCGGGGCUCCAUGAAAGAUCUCACCUCGUGGGGCAUCAAUGAUCAUGAGGAAGGUGAGGGAUCAGCCCAGAACUACACGGCAGGACCUGGUCAAUGACCUGAAGAGAGCUGGGACCACAGUCUCAAAGAAAACCAUUAGUAACACACUACGCCGUCAUGGAUUAAAAUCCUGCAGCGCACGCAAGGUCCCCCUGCUCAAGCCAGCGCAUGUCCAGGCCCGUCUGAAGUUUGCCAAUGACCAUCUGGAUGAUCCAGAGGAGGAAUGGGAGAAGGUCAUGUGGUCUGAUGAGACAAAAAUAUAGUUUUUUGGUCUAAACUCCACUCGCCGUGUUUGGAGGAAGAAGAAGGAUGAGUACAACCCCAAGAACACCAUCCCAACCGUGAAGCAUGGAGGUGGAAACAUCAUUCUUUGGGGAUGUUUUUCUGCAAAGGGGACAGGACGACUGCAACGCAUUGAGGGGAGGAUGGAUGGGGCCGUGUAUCGCGAGAUCUUGGCCAACAACCUCCUUCCCUCAGUAAGAGCAUUGAAGAUGGGUCGUGGCUGGGUCUUCCAGCAUGACAACGACCCGAAACACACAGCCAGGGCAACUAAGGAGUGGCUCCGUAAGAAGCAUCUCAAGGUCCUGGAGUUGCCUAGCCAGUCUCCAGACCUGAACCCAAUAGAAAAUCUUUGGCGGGAGCUGAAGGUCCGUAUUGCCCAGCGACAGCCCCGAAACCUGAAGGAUCUGGAGAAGGUCUGUAUGGAGGAGUGGGCCAAAAUCCCUGCUGCAGUGUGUGCAAACCUGGUCAAGACCUACAGGAAACGUAUGAACUCUGUAAUUGCAAACAAAGGUUUCUGUACCAAAUAUUUAGUUCUGCUUUUCUGAUGUAUCAAAUACUUAUGUCAUGCAAUAAAAUGCAAAUGAAUUACUUAAAAAUCAUACAAUGUGAUUUUCUGGAUUUGUCUCUCACAGUUGAAGUGUACCUAUGAUAAAAAUUACAGACCUCUACAUGCUUUGUAAGUAGGAAAACCUGCAAAGUCGGCAGUGUAUCAAAUACUUGUUCUCCCCACUGUACCUAUUCAUUCAAGGGUUUUUCUUAAUUUUUACUAUUUUCCACAUUGUAGAAUAAUGGUGAAGACAUCAAAACCAUGUAGUAACCAAAAAAGUGUUAAACAAAGCCAAAUGUAUUUUAUAUUUGAGAUUCUUCAAAGUAGCCACCCUUUGGCUUGAUGACAGCUUUGCACACUCUUGGCAUUCUCUCAACCAGCUUCAUGAGGCAGUCACCUGGAAUGCAUUUCAAUUAACAUGUGUGCCUUGUUAAAUGUUAAUUUGUGGAAUAUCUUUCCUUCUUAAUGCGUUUGAGCCAAUCAGUUGUGUUGUGACAAGGUAGGGGUGGUAUACAGAAGAUGGAGAGAGAAAGAGAGAGAAUCCAGCAUUACACCUAGGUAUUGUAUUCUCUGUGUUGGCACCAAACAGCUCUUUUUCUGGUUGAUCUUGAACCCUAACUCAUUGAGGUGGGUUACAGGGGUGUACCUUGAAGGGGAGCAAAGCAGGUAAUCCUCUAUGUAGGCAGAGACUCAGCUCCUUGUUUGUCAGGGGUGUAAGAGCCGCAUCCACACACUUGCUGAAAGUUCGGGGAGCUCGAGUGCCUGCCUAAAGCGGUGUAGCAGUGGCCAUCAUUUGUUUAACCAGGGAGUCAGGUUGGAGGCGGCCAAUUCUUACCCUUCCUACGUCCCUAUUUCGUGGAAAAAGUCUCCUAACCGGGUAUUGCCUGCUGCGAAUUAGCCUUGACAGGCGUGAGCUAGCUUAUUAGAUGCCUCGCGGCUAAUGGCUAGCUGGGGGUAAGCACUGUGUAUAAACGCUAUAGCUGUGGUGGGCUAGUGUAGGCGUUAGCCCACCUGCUGGUUGCUAGCUUUCUAAGAUUGUUAUAGCUAGCACAGUGCUAGCCGAGGGGAACCGUGUGGUUAUUCGUCUUUGGGUAGAAAAUCCCCACGACCGUAAUGUCAGUUUAGUCAACACAAACGAGUGAACAUAGGUUGUACUACACGAGGGAGCUGUCAAUGCUACAGUCUGUGGGCAGGAGUAGCAGGCUCCAUGGCUCCAAUAAGUAGCUAGUACGAGAACAAAGUGAAUCAUAGUUAGCUUUUGCCACAUGGGCUACUAGCCUAGCUAGUUAGCACAGUGCUAGCCAGAGAUAGCUAAUCCUCUAAGAAAGUGAAACAUAGAUGGCGUUUGCCUUGUGGGCAAUGUUCCCUCUAAGCUGCACGCGUGCAUGGGCUCACAGUUCCCCCGUGACAGCCGCGCAGAAGAAAUAUCAGCCCGCACAGACAAGCAUGACAUUUAACUUUACUCAACUUUCUAAAGUUUUCCCGCUUAGUUAACACUAUCAACGUUUCCCUUUACUGUGGGAAUUGUGAUCUAAUCAAUGCAAUAUUAGCCACUUUCAAUGCAACAUACCGAAACAAAACUAACUAUGCAAGAGAUUUUGUUGUAGGCAGAACACAUCGGCGUAUGAUUCUAUUGUAUUGACACGCACGACUCAGCCCGUACGUACACAGACCUGUGCAGCAUAACCAAUCAGAGCUGCAGUAGGCCUAUAUGCAAAUAGACCAUUGCCAAUAUGGAUCUAUGCCAUUUACUUUGAACUGGACUGUGUUUACAGCAGGAGCGGUGCGGAGUUGAUGCGGUUGUUUUGAGAUCAAAGCCAGAGCUGCAUGUAGCCACGUGUACACAUUUGUUCAUAUCCUUUGCUAGUUUGUGAGUUAUUAGCCCAGUUAUAUAUAAUUUGUAGUCAGCAAUGGGGGAGUGAUUGCUUCCUACAAGAGCUCAAAACGUGUACAUUUCUAGACAUCUUUGAAAAGCGAGUCAGGUAAAGAGCUUUUUUUUGUCUUAAAGGGGCAGCGUUGUAUUUUGAGACAGGCUUGAAUAAGCUAAGUAGCCAAUAGGCAGAGGGUAGAAUAAUUUGUCUGAUUCUCUGUAAUAAUGGUAUGGGAAUAAUAAUGCAUUUUUAUUUUGUAAAGUGGUUUCUUGCAUCAAACAACACAACAUUUUCAGUCACCUUGUCCGAAGGACAAGUGGAUAAACAGGUUAAUGUCAAGCCCUGCAUGUUUAAAAAAAAAAGUCUCAUGGAAUGUAGGCCUACAUCGAACACCUGCUACUGUAGGCUGAAUGAUAGAAAAGGUAUUUCCAUGAUAAAAUGUUAUGGGAUAAAUCUUCUUCAUUGUUUUUUAUGUUAGGCCACUCUGGUAGGCCUAUAUUAUGAUCAAAUAGCCACAGUAGCCUACUUGACCCCUGUUAAAACUGUAACUUAAAGUGGGUAUAGCCUCAGUGUUCACAGUAAACGCGCUCUGAAAGUUACACAGAAUUUCCACAACAUUCAAGUUUGCGCUCAGCAGACCUGAAAUUUGAUCAGUGCUGAAAAACAUUAGAGGGAACAUUGCUCGUGGGCUUGGAGCUUAGCUAGGUAGCGCAAUGCUAGCCGGAGGAAGCUAGCGCUUUUCUAGUCUUUCAACAAAUAAAAAAGUGUCUCUCGACUGAUAAUCUGUGAAGGAUGGUCAGUCUAGUCUACAAGGAACGAAGGGAUGUGGGUUGAACUAAAAACAAGAGAUAAAAGCUAGCAAUUCUACCUUUCCAGGUAGUAAAGCUAGUUGUGGGAUAGCUAGCUUGCAGCGAGCUAGCCCGUUUAACUAAGCCUUGUGGCAGAAGCUAGCCAAGUCUCAGUAGCUAGCCGUGUGACACUAGCUAUCAGAGGAGACAAAGGGUAGAAAAAGCGAAAAGGCAAAUUAUUAUCCGACACGAAAAACGUUCAUUUCGGUCUGUUACCCAACACAGAAGAGAAGAGUUCUAAAUCCUGUUCUCGGCCACAUAACCAAACCUGUGAACCCUUAAGCAGGAAACGGGAAUCACUUCUAGCUAAGGAGACCUUGUGUCCUUAUAAUGAGGGUAGAGGCUCACCUCAUUCGCCACUCGACCUUCCUGUCUCCGACAGACGUGUGAUUUGUUCUUUGAGCUUCUAGAGAUUCUGGUGAAUCCCACUGUGAGAUAUCGAAACGAGUAAUUGCUAAGAUAGUACCACUAAAAAGUCAGAGUUGAAUAGCGUGUGUUUUUCCUACAGACAUGCCUCGACGACUCCUGUACUGGGUUGACUCAAGGAUGCGCACCAUCUCGAGGGUUGGGUUCGACGGGGAGCAUCGCAAGACCGUGGUGGAGUCCAAUGGAUACCUGGACAGGCCCUUUCGGAUUGGCAGUGUUUGAGGUAUAGACAUUCAAAUGACACUAAGGCCUUAUUCCAAUCUGUAGACCAUCCCCUGUUCCCUUUCCUUUAGUCUUUGAAGACUCAUGAUCACAGAUCUGGAAAGACUGAAGUGGGGGGAAAUAGUACAAAUGACUGACUCGCCAUUACUAUAAUGGGGCUUACACCUCAAGGGCAUACUGAAAUGAGCAAUGUUUCUGGUUUAGAAUCCAGCCCUGUAAAGUCACAAACACUAAAGUUUGAUAGAAGCUACUGUUCCAUACACUCUGCUGCGCCCUGCUCCCUCACUUCCCUCUUCUCUCUCUGUGUUUACUAGAGCGAACAGGACACCUGUAUAUUGCUGAGAAGCACAAUGGCAGCCUUUUUAGUCAUUUUGCCCAAUAUUGGCUUGGUUUUCGCUCACACAGUUCUUCAACCUAAAGGUUAUGUGUCAGCCCAUGGAGUGAACUUAAUGUAUUGUACUCAAUAUACUCAACAUGCUAUAUUCAAAACGCAGAAAAUGUGUCCAAAGUACAAUGUUUGGGAUGCAAAUCCUAGUUUGUGUCAUUCAAAUAAUAUUGCAUUGUUGAUUUUAUGCAUGUUGAUUCUAUUCUCUGGAACAAGUUCACCAAGUCUUCACAGAAGACUGAAGUGUGGGGAAAUGAUACACCUUGCAUACAUACAAUUACUAUAAAAUGGCAUCAAGGGCAGAUGGAACGGGAGCAAGUUUCUGGUUUGGAAUCCAGCCCCCAUUUAAUGAUUCCAUUGUUUCAUACACUCUAAAGUAUGGUAUUCUGGAUGUCGCCAUAUGUUCACUACUCUCUCACGUCUCUCUCAGGGACAUGUAUACUGGAGUGAACAGGUCACCCACUCUAUCUGUAGUGCUGACAAGCACAAUGGCAGCCUCUUUAGAGUCAUCCUGCCCAAUAUCGCAGACCCAGGCGGCUUGGUUCUCGUUCACCCAGUUCUUCAACCAAAAGGUCUGUCAGCCCAUCGAGUAAACUUUGAUAAUGUGCCCAAGGCACAAAGGUUUGGAUUUAACCUUAGUUUGUGUCAAUUAGUCUAUGUUAUCUGACUGAUGUUAUCUUACUGAUGUUCCCAGGCCCUGCUAUGUGUGGAAAUAGUGGCAGAGUUUGUCUAUAUGAGUGUGUGCCAGACCUUUUCUCUGGAACAAGCUCUCCCAGCUUCACCUGCAUUCCUCCAAAAGGGGGUAGUGAUGUUGAUGAUGAUGAUGAUGAUGAUGAUGGUGAGUAUGUGAAAGUGGAAAGAAGUGUGGUUAUUAUGCAGUAGGGAUUCAUAUUUUCUGGAAAAUCUAAACAUAUUUAUUCCAGAAAAAAUUGCAAGCCCUUCCCAGGCAUCCCGAGAUUCCUGUUCAAACCGGAAAUGCUAUUUUAAAAGCAUAUAAUACCAGUGAAAAAAAUCUGACAUAAUUAUACCACUGUAAAUUGAGAAAUAUACACAAGAAUCUAACUGUUUCUUGUUGCAUUUGUUGCAAAGUCAACACGCUAUUUUGUUGAUGUAGCCUAGUUUUAAAGAAGGCCUAUGAAGUGCUGUUUGGCCGACUGGUAAAAUAUUAUCAGUUUAUUACAGCCUGAAAAUGAAAUUGAAUUUAGCCUUCCAUUGACUGAGAUGUCAGCCAGCGUGGUGGUCCUUUCCUCUUCCAUUGCACCUGGCUAUCAGGGGAAUUUCGGAAGGUUGGCUGGUUUUACUUUAUGAUAACCCACUUAUUGUGGUGAUUUUGCCAGAGGGUACAUACUGUAUCCGAUGCUGCGCUGAACAAACCGAUAAGCAAAUAGGGGCAAUAGCGGAGAUCAGCGCCAUGAGAUUCAGCACCAUGAAUAGCGCCAUUGUUGAUCAAUUCCCUGUGAGUCAAACCCGCUCUCGCUUUUGUUAGUGUAACAUGGAAACAUUUAGCAAAUGUCUAUCUCCUUGAGGGCAUUUGCGGACACAAUGUAUCAGACUUUUGUUAAUAGUGAGUAGCCACAGUUUAUAUUUUGGAGCCACUGUUGACAUUUGUGAAUGUGAGAUGGAGAUGGCCUAUCAUAACUGCGUCGAGAGGUCACGUGUAGCCUGCUACAGUUUCAUGAUAGUUAAUCUUGUUCCCAGACACUUCCACCAAAAUGCGCGAAGAAUAUGAUGGAACAACGCGUCAAACGUGGCCUUCAUUAGCCAGUACAGAGAACCGGGAGAAACUCCCGUGCAAAGGCAUUACUUAGUCAGCUUAAUCUACCAACCAAUCAUCUCCCACAACACCUUCCCUCCAUACGCUAGCGCAGGGGCUCUCAAAGUGGGGUACUGCAGGGGUCCGCAGCCAGAUCUAAAAAUAUAUCAAACAAAAAAAACUAAACAUUUAAACAGAUUAAAUUACUUUUGGCCAAGGGAUCUGUGGAAUAACAUUUAAAGUGUGUAAUACAACACAAUGUCAUGUUAUCCAUCUACAAUUUAUGUUGUUAACCCUGGGAGGCUCACAGGGAUAUUGGUAUCCACAGUACUUCACUAAUUAUACAUUUUCCGACUCAAUACUUCCUGUAUUCCGCAAAAAUAUAUUUAUCACAGGAGGUUGGUGGCACCUCGUGGUAAUGGCUGGAGCGGAAUAAGUGGAAUGGUAUCAAAUACAUCAAACACAUGGUUUCCAUAUGUUUGUUGCCAUUCCAUUUGCUCCGUUCCAUCCAUUAUUAUGAGCCGUCCUCCCCUCAGUAGCCUCCACUGAUAUAUACAGUGCUUUCAGAAAGUAUUUAGACCCCUUGACUUUUUCCACAUUUUCUUACGUUACAGCCUUAUUCUAAAAUUGAUUAAAUAGUUUUUUUUCCCCUCAUCAAUCUACACACAAAACCCCAUAAUGACAAAGCAAAAACUGGUUUUUAGAAAUGUUUGCAAAUGUAUUAAAAAUCAAAAACGGAAAUAUGACAUUUACAUAAGUAAUCAGACCCUUUACUCAGUACUUUGUUGAAGCACCUUUGGCAGCGAUUACAGCCUCGAAUCUUCUUGGGUAUGACGCUACAAGCUUGGCACACCUGUAUUUGAGGAGUUUCUCCCAUUCUUCUCUGCAGAUCCUCUCAAGCUCUGUCGGGUUGGAUGGAGAGGUUCGCUGCACAGCUAUUUUCAGGUCUCUCCAGAGAUGUUCGAUCGGGUCCUGAAGCCACUCCUGCGUUGUCUUGGCAGUGUGCUUAGUGUUGUUGUCCUGUUUGAAGGUGAACCUUCGCCCCAGUCUGAGGUCCUGAGCGCUCUGGAGCAGGUUUUCUUCAAGGAUCUUUCUGUACUUUGCUCCAUUCAUCUUUCCCUCGAUGCUGACUAGUCUCCCAGUCCCUGCCGCUGAAAAACAUCCCCACAUCAUGAUGCUGCCAUGCUUCACCGUAGGGAUGGUGCCAUAUUUCCUCCAGACGUGACGCUUGGCAUUCAGGCCAAAGAGUUCAAUCUUGGUUUUAUCAGACCAGAGAAUCUUGUUUCUCAUGGUCUGAGAGUCUUAAGGUGCCUUUUGGCAAACUCCAAGCAGGGCUUCUGUCUGGCCACUAACAUAAAGGCCUGAUUGGUGGAGUGCUGCAGAGAUGGUUGUCCUUCUGGAAGGUUCUCUCAUCUCCACAGAGGAACUCUGGAGCUCUUUCAGAGUGACCAUCGGGUUCUUGGUCACCUCCCUGACCAAGUCCCUUCUCCCCUGAUUGCUCAGUUUUGCUGGGCAGCCAGCUCUAGGAAAAGUCUUGGUGGUUCCAAACUUCUCCCAUUUCAGAAUGAUGGAGGCCACUGUGUUCUUGGGGACCUUCAAUGCUGCAGUCAAUUUUUGGUACCCUUCCCCAGAUCCUUCGACCUCAUGGCUAGGUUUUUGCUCUGAUAUGCACUUUCAACUGUGGGACCUUAUAUAGUCAGGUGUGUGCCUUUCCAAAUCAUGUCCAAUCAAUUGAAUUUACCACAGGUAGACUCCAAUCAAGUUGUAUAUACAUCUCAAGGAUGAUCAAUGGAAACAGAAUGCACCUGAACUCAAUUCCGAGUCUCAUAGCAAAGGGUCUGAAUACUUAUGUAAAUAAGGUAUUUCUGUUUUUCUAAAAACCUGUUUUCGCUUUGUCAUUUUGGGGUAUUGUUCGUAGAUUGAUGUGGACAUUUUUUUAUUUAAUCAAUUUUAGAAUGAGGCUGUAACGUAACAAAAUGUGGAAAAAGUCAAGGGGUCUGAAUACUUUCCGAAUGCACGGUAUAUUUUUGGCUCCCGGUUUACUGUUGUUAAUCCCUAUUGAAAAAUAGGGGUAGGGUUGUAGAGAAUCGAAGGACCAUGAAUAUAAUAAGAAACCUUAGGUGCUGGCUUAAGGCCGGUAGCAACCACUACAGAAUGUCCGGUCAGAACAAGGAUAAGGCGGUUGUCCAGGUUAAGGGGAGUUUAAUGAAUGUCCACAUUCACACACAUAUCACACACACAUCUGACCACUGAUGGCUCAGAUAACUGAGAAUCAUGUUCAGUGAGAACUGACAUUAACUAUGUGGUCGUUUAGAUGCACACACAAUUAAACAUCAGACAUACAGGGAUUCAGUCCACAGGACGGAAAGUUCAGCAGGAUGGAAAACUGUGGACGUGCUCAUCAGGAUGGGGAAAGCACAUUUCUGACCACACAGCGUGCUGGGGUCAUAGACGAACUGAAACUGAAGUUCCGGGAAUCAAGGCCACUCAUAGGCUGAACGAGAUGUGCUGAUAAAUAUUUGGUGUGACCUUGAUCAAUAAGACACGAACAAAAGUGGGGGUCCUCUGAAUGGGAGACUAAGCUGCCCGACUAGAACUAACCAGAAGGGAUGGCUAGAAUCAGCUGACUGAAGCUGGCCGUUUUAACACCUAUUACGUAGUAUAACAUUUAAGAUAAUAACAUGUCACAUUUCCACCUGCAAAUAGCACCAAAUGUCAGUUACGAAAUAGUAGAAAUGCAAAGUAGCUUUUUAGCGCGGCCAGUUGUUGUGUGUACAACUUCCUGUAUUACCAUUGGCUCUUGUUCGCAAGGUUAGCAACAAUAGCAAAAACAUUAACAAUACAAAAGUUAUUCUCAUCCAGGAAAACUGAUGUCGCAUAACCUUUGAAAAUUGCAUUUGGUGAAACAUUUUCCAUUUGGUAUUCUUUGUGAUUACUUGAUUGCAGAAUUGUUCUUUUCCUUUUUUAGAUACAGUCGUUUCUCACACUCUUCCAGCCCCAGCGCUGUCUGAUGCAACCUAUGCUGGAAUCCUUUCGCUCAUAGGUAGGUUUUGUAGUAUAUUUAGCGUUAUACAACAGGUGGGACUAAUCCUGAAUGUUGAUUGGUUAAAAUUGCUUUCCAGCCAGUGUCUAUUCCACAAAUUGCCACCGGCUAAAUCUAUGACAUUUAAAUGCCUAUUUACUCUGUUCCAUCUGACUGCGCAAUCCACUGUCUCAUCAGCCAGGCAACUUAAACUUGAUCUCCACUACAAAAAGCAUCUAGACAUUAUUUCACAAUUCUUUAAACCUUGCUGUCUGUCUCUCCGACAUUUGCAACAUUGUUUCAAUAUUCAAAUUCGAUCUCCUACUGUCCCAUAUUAAUGAACGAGUCGGGACGAGGAAGACAGCAUUUCUCAGCCAGGCGAAAUCAUGAAUCAGCUGGCAUCAUUUUUAUGGAGAUCUACAAACGCAGCUAAUUUGCAGUCUUUCCAGCUUCAGUUUGAAGUGAUUGUGUUACAGUAGCUGUGUUGUUGGCUAGCUCCUCUGAACAACAGUGUCCUGACAAAUGAGCACAUUUUCUAUGCCAGGUGAAAUCGCAUCUCAUUAGCUCAUUAUGGAUGUAUCCAAAUAAAUGUCACUAGAAAACAGCUUAAACAAAUGCAAAUGCAGUUACUUUGCUGUUAUUCUGGCUGCACUUUUUGACUUGACUGUUAAGUUAGCCGUAGUUGGCUAGCUAGCAAGCAAGGGAUAAGAAUGUUGCCAGCCAGUAUGGCAAUGGAACGAACGACUGGGUCGCAAACAUAGAUACAGAACAAAAAGACUGAACGACUGGGUCGCGUCUAGCAACCCUAGAUUUGUGUCGGGACUAUAUCUUGUGGAAGGAUGAAAUAGUAUGAAUAAAUUAAUCAAAAUAACGUUUUUAAUGAACAUAUGUCAAACAUUAUUUGAAUAUGUUGGUAACCCGUUGUAUAAAAGUGAUAAUGCCCGAGAAGCCGGUGUUUGGAGGAUAUAUUGGCACAGUUUGCCAAUAUGUCACGCCCUGGCUCUGGGGACGCUUGUAUGUCGAGCCAGGGUGUGAGUUUUCUUUGUUUAUUCUAGGUUUUAUCUAGCUCUUUCGUUUCUAUGUUGGCCAGUGUGGUUCUCAAUCAGAGGCAACGUGUAUCAGCUGUUGCUUGUUGUCUCUGAUUGGGAACCAUACUUAAGCAGCCAGUUUUCCCACAGUGUUUGUGGGAUCUUGUUCCUGUGUAGGUUUGUGUUUUGCACCUUUGGACGUCACGUAUCGUUUGUUGUUUUGUUCGUGUUAUCAUUAUUUAAUAAAUAUGUUCACCUUCCACAUUGCGCCUUGGUCCUCUGUACCCGACGAUCGUGACACAAUAUAUCCUCCAAACACCGGCUUCUCGGCAUUAUCACUUAAAUGAAUCCAUUAUAUUUAAUAUCUUAUGGAACUGUACUGGAGAGAUGAUAUGUAAAGAAAGACUCAAAUGAUGACCAUUUUAUGUAAAUAUGGGUAUAAGUGUCAGUGCUUAUGGUUUAUAUGCAAAAAACGGUAACACUUUAUUUUAAGGUACACAUAAUAGCCACUAAUGUGUAGUUUAUACGUGUCUAUAUAAGUAGCCAGUAAGGCCUUUAUUAUGUAUUAUUAGUCCUAUAAGGUGUGCCCCUUUCUGUCCAAUGUGGUCCUUUCUGGACAAUAUUUCUUUAAGUAAGAAUAAGGUAAAACUUUAGUAUAAGGAACACAUCUUAAAGCACUAUGCCUCAGUUAGUUCCACAUUGAGACAAAAUACCAAGAGUCUGAUUUCUGUGUAAAUUGCUCUUUAUUAAAGGUCCAGUGCAGCCAUUUUUAUCUCAAUAUCAAAUCAUUUCUGGGUAACAAUUAAGUAUCUUACUGUGACUGUUUUCAAUUAAAAUGGUCAAAAAGAAACAAAAAUAGUUUGUUAGCAAAGAUCAAUUUCUCAAGCAAGAAUUUUGCUAGCACUGUCUGGGAGUCAUCUGAGUGGGGAGGGGGAAACUGAAAACUAGCUGAUAUUGGAAGAGGUUUGGAACUCUUUCUUAUUGGUCCUAUUAACUAAUUUACCACCUGGUGAUGCCACCAAGCAGGCCAAACCUCCAUCCCACCAAAACAGGCUAAAAUGUCAGGCCAUAAUUUCAAACAGCUCUUACACUAAAAGGGCAUUAUCAUAAUUUUCACAAUUUCACAGUAUUAUUUCAAACCUCCUUGUGGAAAUGUACAUAAACCACAGGAAAAUCAUGUUUUUGACUGCACUGGGGCUUUAAAUACUAAUACCUUUAUUAUGAGUAACAAUUAGGUUAUUAAGGAUUGGCUUUUUAACAUAUGACUUUGAAUAAGAAUACACUUAAUUAAGGCCUAAUAUAUGGCUAACAAGACAUACAUAUUACUUAUUACCUUACUUAUAUACAUGCUUAUAAACUAUACAUUAGUGGGUAGUAUGUGUACCUUUUAAAAUAAAGUGCAAAACUAACCACUCUACAGUACCAGUCAAAAGUUUGAACACACCUACUCAUUCCAGGGUUUUUCUUUUCUUUUUUACUAUUUUCUACAUUGUAAAUCAAAACUAUGAAAUAACACAUAUGGAAUCAUGUAGUAACCAAAAAGUGUUAAACAAAUCAAAAUAUAUUUUAUAUUUGAGAUUCUUCAAAUAGCCACCCUUUGCCUUGAUGACAGCUUUGCAAACUCUUGGCAUUCUCUCAACCAGCUUCAUGAGGUAGUCACCUGGAAUGCAUUUCAAUUAACAGGUGUGCCUUGUUAAAAGUUAAUUUGUGAAAAUUAUUUCCUCCUUAAUGCAUUUGAGCCAAUCAGUUGUGUUGUGACAAGGUAGGGGUGGUAUACAGAAGAUAGCCCUAUUUGGUAAAAGACCAAGUCCAUAUUAUGGCAAGAACAGCUCAAAUAAGGAAAGAGAAACGACAGUCCAUCAUUACUUUAAGACAUGAAGGUCAGUCAAUCCGGAAAAUUUAAAGAAUUUUGAAAGUUUCUUCAAGUGCAGUCGCAAAAAACAUCAAGCACUAUGAUGAAACUGGCUCUCAUGAGGACCGCCACAGGAAAGGAAGACCCAGAGUUACCUCUGCUGCAGAGGAUAAGUUCAUUAGAGUUACCAGCCUCAGAAAUUGCAGCCCAAAUAAAUGCUUCACAGAGUUCAAGUAACAGACACAUCUCAACAUCAACUGUUCAGAGGAGACUGUGUGAAUCAGGCCUUCAUGGUCGAAUUGCUGCAAAGAAACCACUACUAAAGGACACCAAUAAGAAGAAGAGACUUGCUUAGGCCAAGAAACACGAGCAAUGGACAUUAGACCGGUGGAAAUCUGUCCUUUGGUCUGAUGAGUCCAAAUUUGAGAUUUUUGGUUCCAACCGCUGUGUCUUUGUGAGAUGCAGAGUAGGUGAACGGAUGAUCUCCAUAUGUGUGGUUCCCACUGUGAAGCAUGGAGUAGGAGGUGUGAUUGUGUGGUGGUGCUUUUGCUGGUGACACAGUCAUUGAUUUAUUUAGAAUUCAAGGCACACUAAGGCUGCCACAGCAUUCUGCAGCGAUACACCAUCCCAUCUGGCUUGGGCUUAGUGGGAAUAUCAUUUGUUUUUGAACAGGACAAUAACCCAACACACCUCCAGGCUGUGUAAGGGCUAUUUGACCAAGAAGGAGAGUGAUGGAGUGCUGCAUCAGAUGACCUGGCCUCCACAAUCACCUGGCCUCAACCCAAUUGAGAUGGUUUGGGAUGAGUUGGACCGCAGAGUGAAGGAAAAGCAGCCAACAAGUGCUCAGCAUAUGUGGAAACUCCUUCAAGACUGUUGGAAAAGCAUUCCAGGUGAAGCUGGUUGAGAGAAUGCCAAGAGUAUAUUUUGAUUUGUUUAACACUUAUUUGGUUACUACAUGAUUCCAUAUGUGUUAUUUCAUAGUUUUGAUGUCUUCACUAUUAUUAUACAAUGUAGAAAAUAGUACAAAUAAAGAAAAACCUUGGAAUGAGUAUGUGUGUCCAAACUUUUGAAUGGUACUGUAUAUGUUCUGCCCAGUGGUCCUGAGUGUGCUAUUGGCAGGGGUGGUGUUGUGGUGGUGGAGGGAGGAGUUCAGGCCUUCCAGGACACUCACCCUCCAAGACUUCUCCCUGAAGGAGUCCCAGGACCCCCUCAUCCAGGCACCAGCCAGGGGCCCUGAGGUUUGUCCUGUCAAGGUAAGCCCUGCCAAUGAGCAGGACGAGUGUGUGGGCUUUGUUCACAACAGUAUGAAGGGGGACAGUUUCCUAUUUCAAGGGAUUCCUGGUAAAAUGGAUAUAGAUGUCAAUAAGAAUGAAAGAUACAGUGGCUUGCGAAAGAUUUCACCCCCGUUGGCAUUUUUCCUAUUUUGUUGCCUUACAACCUGGAAUUAAAAUUGAUUUUGGGGGAGUUUGUAUCAUUUGAUUUACACAACAUGCCUACCACUUUGAAGAUGCAAAAUAUUUUUUAUUGUGAAACAAACAAGAAAUAAGACAAAAAAACUGAAAACUUGAGUGUGCAUACAGUGGGGAGAACAAGUAUUUCAUACACUGCCGAUUUUGCAGGUUUUCCUACUUACAAAGCAUGUAGAGGUCUGUAAUUUGUAUCAUAGGUACACUUCAGCUGUGAGAAACGGAAUCUAAAACAAAAAUCCAGAAAAUCACAUUGUAUGAUUUGUGUGUUUGAUACAUCAGAAAAGUGUUUGAUACAUCAGAAAAGCAGAACUUAAUAUUUGGUACAGAAACCUUUGUUUGCAAUUACAGAGAUCAUACGUUUCCUGUAGGUCUUGACCAGGUUUGCACACACUGCAGCAGGGAUUUUGGCCCACUCCUCCAUACAGACCUUCUCCAGAUCCUUCAGGUUUCGGGGCUGUCGCUGGGCAAUACGGACCUUCAGCUCCCGCCAAAGAUUUUCUAUUGGGUUCAGGUCUGGAGACUGGCUAGGCCACUCCAGGACCUUGAGAUGCUUCUUACGGAGCCACUCCUUAGUUGCCCUGGCUGUGUGUUUCGGGUCGUUGUCAUGCUGGAAGACCCAGCCACGACCCAUCUUCAAUGCUCUUACUGAGGGAAGGAGGUUGUUGGCCAAGAUCUCGCGAUACAUGGCCCCAUCCAUCCUCCCCUCAAUACGGUGCAGUUGUCCUGUCCCCUUUGCAGAAAAGCAUCCCCAAAGAAUGAUGUUUCCACCUCCAUGCUUCACGGUUGGGAUGGUGUUCUUGGGGUUGUACUCAUCCUUCUUCUUCCUCCAAACACAGCGAGUGGAGUUUAGACCAAAAAGCUAUAUUUUUGUCUCAUCAGACCACAUGACCUUCUCCCAUUCCUCCUCUGGAUCAUCCAGAUGGUCAUUGGCAAACUUCAGACGGGCCAGGACAUGCGCUGGCUUGAGCAGGGGGACCUUGCGUGCGCUGCAGGAUUUUAAUCCAUGAUGGCGUAGUGUGUUACUAAUGGUUUUCUUUGAGACUGUGGUCCCUGCUCUAUUCAGAUCAUUGACCAGGUCCUGCCGUGUAGUUCUGGGCUGAUCCCUCGUGUAGUUCUGAGCUGAUCCCUCACCUUCCUCAUGAUCAUUGAUGCCCCACGAGGUGAGAUCUUGCAUGGAGCCCCAGACCGAGGAUGAUUGACCUUCAUCUUGAACUUCUUCCAUUUUCUAAUAAUUGCGCCAACAGUUGUUGCCUUCUCACCAAGCUGCUUGCCUAUUGUCCUGUAGCCCAUCCCAGCCUUGUGCAGGUCUACAAUUUUAUCACUGAUGUCCUUACACAGCUCUCUGGUCUUGGCCAUUGUGGAGAGGUUGGAGUCUGUUUGAUUGAGUGUGUGGACAGGUGUAUUUUAUACAAGUAACGAGUUCAAACAGGUGCAGUUAAUACAGGUAAUGAGUGGAGAACAGGAGGGCUUCUUAAAGAAAAACAAACAGGUCUGUGAGAGCCGGAAUUCUUACUGGUUGGUAGGUGAUCAAAUACUUAUGUCAUGCAAUAAAAUGCAAAUUAAUAACUUAAAAAUCAUACAAUGUGAUUUUUUUGAUUUUUGUUUUAGAUUCCGUCUCUCACAGUUGAAGUGUACCUAUGAUAAAAAUUACAGACCUCUACAUGCUUUGUAAGUAGGAAAACCUGCAAAAUCGGCAGUGUAUCAAAUACUUGUUCUCCCCACUGUAUAUGUCCGAACUCAGAAUCAAAUAUGCUUUGAUUGGCCAUUUUCUACAUUUGUCAAAUCCCAUCAGUUAGCCUGAUUUCAGAUGUGUCCAUGUAAACCAGAUUAUUAGGGAAAUCAUUCUUCUUUCAAAGCAUGUAAACGUUUAAAUCAAACUAUUAUAUGAAUCGGACUAUUCACAAUAAAUGUAUUAUUGUGUGCAUGUAACCGUACUCAUUGACUCCAAGGACCCUAGUGUCUUAUAACCAUGCCUCACCUGACAGACUGCCCUCUGUUAAAAUGCUUAAGUGGUGAAUGUGAUCUCUAUGAUUAGUAACCUGCCAUCUUCUCCUCAGGACACUCUGCUUAAGCUGGACUUGGACCAGGACUGAGUGUCUUAAGUCACUUGUGUAAGAGAGACAGAUGUCCAGCUGUGCUCCCAUCCCACCCCUCCCGGUGCCAGCAGAGCCUGGAGUGUCAUCAGAUUAUCUGGCAAAAGGGAGUGCGAAGAAGAGAGGAGGCGUCUUACAGCACUUCCCCAUGAUGACCAGUGGUCCUCCCAGGGCC